CCACCAUUACCCAUCCCCGCAAACAUAAACGAGACCCAACUCUCAGACACGUCCGAUGACGCUCCAUCCAUCCUAUCGCGACAGUCACAUGGGGUGUUGGCAUCAUGCCCUUUUGAUUCCCUGAUCCUAGACUACCUUGCCGCGGAACGAAAUUUGUCUCGCGCAUGUCAACCUCAUCACGUAGCACGUAAUCGAAACGGAGGCUACCAUAAUCUUGCUGUUACCUCAUUCUCCUCCCGUUAACUAACGGCCGUCGCCGCGCCUCAUUCGGCCGUUUUUCGACCAUGACCUCCAACAGUCACCCAUCCAACAACAACCCGGCGCAAAGACCGGCAUCUCCGGCCGGUAGCUACUACGCCAUGAGCGACGACGAGGAAGGAGACUACAACACCAUUACCCAUGCCGAGUCCGGUAAGGGGGUGAAGCUGUUGUACUCCAAAAGCAAGGUCUACAUCCACCCAACGCCCUCUUCGAAAGACAACAUUCCUGGUUUCAUCGCUUUGUUACAGCAAAAGCCACCACGCAACGAUACCCGACCAACCUCAUCUUCAUCAUCCAAGAACAACCCUGCAUCCUCUGAUCUGCUCCUCGCAUGGCUUCCAGAGUCCUCGCUCGGCGACUCGGCCAGCAUCUACGUCAAGGUUGACCUUUGUGAGGGAGACUCUCCUCCGAAGCAGUCCUAUCUCGUACCUCCACCUCCAACAGUAACGACACAUAGCGGCUCGAUAGAUCAUUAUGCGUUUGCCGUCCCUGUCUCGGCUAUUUACAGCCUUCUAGUGCGCCCGCCCAGUCUGGGCUGGUGGUUUGGUUCCGUCAUCAUCAACACGCGAGCUGGUGACUCCUUCCCGGCUCUUUUCUUCCACGAUAGCGAGUGCCAGUCAACUAUGCUUCGCAAGAAGAAGAUAACUCGUGACAGCUUCGAUCCUUUUGGUGAGGGUGGGCAGAUGUUCUGGGGUGGAGAUGAAGUGUUACGAUGGCUCCGUCGCUACGUCAAGGUUGAGCGCAGCGGAGCCGAACCGAAUAUCUAUCUAGUAGAGCCCAGCAAGGAGGAUAGCGAAGCAUUUGGUGGAAACUUGACCAGCAGCUCUCCCAGUCAGAUUGGAAAACGGGAUAGCGCCAGGGGUAUUGGAUCCCCAGCUGCUGCAGGUACCUCAACAUCUGCAGAUGCUGGCAUGGACCCCUUUAUGAAGUUUGUCAAGGAGACUGGCUGGAACAUCAUGGAAAAAUUCUCCAAGGUGACAACUAUGACCCGUCAAGCAGCCCAGGACCUGAUUGAAAAUCCCAGCAUGCCACCACAAGUUCGGCGUCUGAUGCGCAACCCCGAAGUUCAGACAAUCCAGGAUGAGUUCGACAGCGCGCGUAUCUACCUUGCGCGGUGGGCAAUGGGUAUUGCCGAACAGAGCGAGCGUGACCGCCGCCAGCGCAUAUGGACGGCACGAGAUGUCAUGGAACUGGAGGAUACCGAUGUUGGCGAGUUCGAGCUGCUGGAGGGUGCUACUGGUGCCAUGUCGCUCGAGGAGCAACGGAAACCUGUCACCAUGAGCGAAUGGAAAGGCUUUUUUGACGCGCGCACCGGACGACUCACAUACACUAUCGACGAGGUCAAAGAGAGAAUAUUUCACGGCGGCUUGGACCCGGACGAUGGCGUGCGUAAAGAAGCGUGGCUCUUUCUUCUUGGAGUUUAUGACUGGUACAGCACUGCAGAUGAACGAAAAGCGCAGGUUGCAUCGUUGCGGGAUGGAUAUGUGAAGCUCAAAGGUGCUUGGUGGGAGCGACUUGUUGAUUUGGGAGGUAAGGGGGAGGCUGGUGAAUGGUGGAGGGAGCAAAGAGGACGUAUAGAGAAGGAUGUUCACCGCACAGAUCGGACGGUGCCCAUCUUUGCUGGGGAGAACAUACCUCAUCCUGAUCCCGAUUCGCCUUUUGCAUCUUCAGGGACCAACGUUCAUAUGGAACAGUUGAAGGACCUCCUCCUCACGUACAAUGAGUACAACCAAGAGUUGGGAUACGUCCAAGGAAUGUCGGAUCUCCUAGCUCCGAUAUACGCGGUGGUACAAGAUGAUGCCAUUGCCUUUUGGUGCUUCCAGCGCUUUAUGGAUCGCAUGGAGCGUAACUUUCUUCGAGACCAAUCCGGCAUGCGUGCGCAAUUACUGGCGCUUGACCACUUAGUCCAAUUCAUGGACCCCAAGCUCUAUGCGCACCUCCAGUCAGCCGACAGCACCAACUUCUUUUUCUUUUUCAGGAUGUUGUUGGUUUGGUACAAGCGCGAGUUUGAGUGGCUAGACGUCCUUCAUCUGUGGGAGGUUUUAUGGACCGACUACCUGACUAGCAGCUUCCACCUAUUCUUCGCACUGGCAAUUUUGGAAAAGCAUCGAGAUGUGAUUAUGACACACCUUAAACAUUUUGACGAGGUGUUGAAAUACGUCAACGAGCUCUCCUGCACUAUGGACCUCGAGUCUACUCUAAUCCGAGCAGAGGCUCUGUUCCGUCGCUUCCAACGACUAGUUGAGGCUAUUGACAAGAAGAAGAAUUUUCCAUCGCCAAGAACUGUGCGUUCAUCAAGCAGCGCAACUUCGUCUUCGACCAAUGGAGGAGCCCAGGCCGGUGAGGGACGUAGUACCGGUCCUGACUCUCCAUCCCAGAACAAGGGCAAGUCGCCAGAUCAGCAAGAAGAUGUUGUAAAGGUCAUUACCCCUGAACUCAGGGGUCUCUUGAGCCGUGAGGUUGCGGUUCUCCCUAGAAAUGAGGUCGCACAGAAGGGAGAAGGAUGGGCUACUGUGACAAAAUAGAUGCAUUUCCUUUGCUUUGGUUUUUUUUGGCAUAAGCACACUGUACCGUUGGCCAAGAGUCUUUCUAUUUUCUACGGUGUAUUGAAGUUGGACGAAAGAGUGUAAUGGGACUGUUGGCGCAUGUAUUAUCACGAAUCACGGCGUUUUAUUCCUGAAGCGGUUGACUUGGAAAUCAAUUGGGGUUUGCGUUAUGGCUAUUGGAAAUCAUGUCUUUCUCAAUCAUAUCCACCUUACUUUAAGAUAGAGAGAAAGAUAAAACAGAGACAAAGCGAUUUGGUCUAUGCUGGAUGAGGGAAAAGAAAACAGUAUAGAAAGCUUACUGUAGCCGGAAACUGCAAAUUAACCUUUUC